CCCACCCCCACUUUUUCCUCUCCUACAUCUCCCUCGUUCUCGUCUCCUCUUCCUAAUCUGGCUACCGCCUCUGAUACCUAUUCACCUGAACCAGAAGAUAAACAAUCCACCGCACAGGAUGAUCAAACUAAGGCCUGUACAUACGCUGCUUCUUUAGGAGACUUUACUUCCUCUUUCAUGGUGCCUACAUGCCAGCUCAGCUUUUCUGAGGCUGUCCAAUCGCCUAAAUUCCUGAAUACUCUAUCAAGCUCUUCUUCGAAGGAUAUGCUCCCUCCAAAAGAGGAGAACGACAAGCCCUUAGUCAGUUUAAGGGAUCAAAUAAAUUCGUCUAACUCCGUUGACCUCGACGAUAGACCAGGAAUUGAUCAGUCGACCGAACUGGAUGGAAAUUACUAUUUAGGUCUUGUUGACAAGCUAGAGGGGAAGCUACGUCUUAAGAUUGAGGCCAUUGAGAAAGAUUUGCGCACUUAUCUUACUCUAUCCGACGCAGUCUCCGGCCAACUCCGUGUAACUGUGGGAAAAGCAAAACUUUUACUAUCUGAGAAAUUCGUCCAAUUCCGUAGUCUAUGUGCCCAAAACCUCGUUCAUCUAGCUUCUCUUCGAUCUGGCAAGCCAACCACAGACCUCCCUCAACAGCAAUUAGUAACUCUGGCCAGUGACCUGGAGGGCUUCUGGGCACUGGUCCUGCUGCAAGUAGAAGACAUAGAAGCCAUGUUCGCCGAGGUCGACCGGCUUCGCCAAAAUAGGUGGGUUCCCCCAAAAAACGACAGCAUCCUGGUGACCAAGACGAACGGAACAAUUGUAGCUAAGACAAGUUUACCGUCUCCUAGGAGUGUAAGUCUUAAAUAUUUCUUUACACAAAUGCUUCUUUAA